AUGGCUUCCUCAAGAUGUCAGUUCCUAGACCUUCCGCUCGAGAUCCGGCUUGAUAUCUACACCCAUCUCCUCCUUCACCCUCCCAUAGACAAACUCAAUACGACCCGGCCUGUAACACGGUUACACCCAGCCAUUCUCGCCGCGAGCCGACAAACUCAUGCCGAGGGCACAACCAUCCUCUAUUCCAAAAACAUGUUCCUGGCGCACGCAACGCUGCUCGCCUCUUUCCCGCGGUUGCGGCCCUGGUAUCCGUCCAUACGGGAGCGCUCAGUGCUCCAGCACAUCCGCCGCUUCCACAUCCGCGUGCGGCUUGAUUGCGACCCAACUUUUGACGCCAGCGCCGCAGCGGCAGCCUUCAGCGGCGUCGACGAACUCAUCAUUGAGGUGUGGCAGGCCGUGUUCCAGGGGGCCGACCACGCCACAUUGCGGGUUUUCGAGGGGGUUCGCGGCGUCAGGGACGUUAAGGUCUAUGGGAGCAUCACCGGAUUCGAGGGUUACGUUCGCUGGCUUGAGGGCAUGAUGCGCCGCGGCGCUGAUGGCGGCGGGAGGAUCUUGCCCCCCUUCGUCGACGAAACUAUCCCAGUAACAACCACUCAGUCUCGACAUUCCAGCAUUGCCUGA